AUGGAGAAUUUUCAUAUCGACAUCCUAGAGAACAUACUAUUCCGCUUACCUUUUACGGCAACCUUACAAGCUAGACAAGUAUGCAAGGCAUGGAAAACUCACUUUGCCAAUAGGUGUUGUAACGAGGGUGGUUUUCUUAUUUCAUACUAUCGAAGCAACAAAGAUGUAGAACUUUAUUACGGAGAACAGUAUGAUCAGAUUCAUGGUGAUGUUCAGCAUCGUACUAAGUUGAUGAACUAUUAUUAUGGCAGAUUUAGUCUAAAAUACUCAUGGGAUAAUCUCGUUGUUGGAUCAUGCAAUGGUUUGGUUUGCCUCCGCAAACGCGAUGAACGUGACGGAAUCCAAUAUGUAGUUUGUAAUCCUUUAACGGGAGAAUAUGUCUUCGUUCCACAAUUUGAUUACACUAGCCUGCAAAACAAGGAUGGAGUAUUGGUUCGUCGGAAAUCUUGGUUGAGGCAUCAAUCGGCAUCAGAUGGGCUCGGCUAUUGUCACUCAACUAAUCAGUACAAGGUGGUGAGAAUUCACUUGGGAAAUAUCUUAGUUUAUACAAUUGGUAGUCAUAAGUGGAGAAACAUAGGAACUAUGCCUCAUAAUUUACCUUGGUCCCGCGGUGUCUUUGCUAAUGGAGUUCUGCAUUGGUUAACUUCUGGCAAACAAGAAGAACAAAGAGUUUUUGGCUUCGAUUUGGAAGGUGAGAAGAUCCGAUUGCUACAAAUGCCAUCUUGUGCUCGGAUGGUCUAUGGGCAGCUCAAGUUGCUGGGAGGAAAUUUGUGUUUUGUUGGUAGAGAGUCUAGAGACCAUUGUGCUUGCAUAGAAAUAUGGGCAUAUAAGAACAUGAAAGAGCAUAAUCAGUCAUGGAGCUGCUAUGACAACAAUUCAUGGAAUUGGAUCAAGGAGUCUCAUAUAGAUCCGGUGAAUGAUGGUCGUUUUGAGCCCUUUGCAGUUACAAGGAGGAAUCAAGUUUUAUUAUGGCACAACUAUAAUACUCUUUAUAGCUAUGACCCUAACGCUUCUUCAACUUUGACCAGACUAUGGGACUGUUGUAUGGAUUAUGGUGCCUGGUACACAUGCAUUGAGGCUAUUCCUCACACAAACAGCUUUGUUUCGCUGAAAGAUCUCGGCGAAAGUGGUGCUAAAAGCUACAAGUACGAAACAAGAGGGUACCCUAAACAGGCCAAAAGGAAAAGGAGUUCUAUGGUAGAAUUUGAAUUGGUAGAUGGUGAGAUUACGUGUUAG